AUGGUGAGUCAACCGCAGAAUGCUGUCAAUGGACAGCGUAUGAAGGAUAACAUGUACACACCGAUAAACGGUGCCCAUUGCUUCCGGCGAUUAAAUGGAACGCACGUAACCGGUUGUAGCUCAAAAAAUGGAGGAUCAGUUGGAGUACUACACAUGAUCAAUAGCAAGGCGGACAUAGAUUUUCUCGUACAAAAACACCCUUCGCCGCCUUACGCACCGAUCGUUCCUCCAGCCUUGUUCACGCGAGAAAACAUUCUGCGCCUGCGAAACGAAGCCGGUCCGUAUGUGUCAGUGUUGCUUCUGAUGAACAACGCCAGCGGCCUGCAGCAAUUCAGUCAAGAGUCACGCUGUCCCAAUCAGUAUAGCGGGCUUUCGUCGGUUUUUAAGUUGAACAGUGAUGACCAACGCUGCAGCGUGGAUCGUGCCGAGGACAGCUGGAACCCGUGGGGUAGCGGUUUGCUAUUGGAAGACUUCCCGUUCCCCAUUUUCUACGUCGCGGAUGUGGCUGAGAUGGAAAAACUGAUCGAAUGCUAUGAAAAAUUCAAUGCUUAUGAUCUCGACCGGCAACAUCAGCGCAGCUUAUGUGCCAUCGAGGUAAAGGCGUUUAUGUCGGCCGCCGUCAGCACGGAUAUUUGUAUGCGACGAUCGAACACGUACAAUUCGCUCAUACCAGCAACCAAGUUCUGUGAUCCGCUGCAAGGAAAGAACGUGUACGCCACUCUCUUUCCUAGGCCAGUGGUGCCCGAGGAGCAGCGCGUCGAGGGAUCGGAACGGAUUGUGCUCGUUUCUGCUCGUACUGAUACGACCACGAUGUUCGAUGGCUGGGGUUUAGGUGCAAUGGAUUCCGUUGUACCGUUUUCGGUUCUCAUAUCAGUGGCGCAUUUUCUUGCUCAGGUUCUCCCAAGCAACGAUCGGAACGUGCUGUUUGUUUUUUUCAACGGCGAAUCGUAUGACUAUAUCGGUUCGCAACGCUUCGUAUUUGACCUGCAAACGGGUGCCUUCCCUUCACGUAGCACACAAACGAAACCAAUUUCGAUGGACAACAUUGAGCUAAUGAUUGACAUCGGUUCGUUGGAUGAUUUGACGGACCUGCAAGUGUACCACGCAGCUCCACAACCGAUGGCUACAAAGAUAGCGGAAUUGCUUCGCAAAAUCAACCUGUCGUACGAUUUUGGCAUUCAGUCGAGCCAGCCAAUUCUCACCGGUAAUCUACCUCCCGUGUCUGCACAAUCCUUCCUUCGGGAGAACAUCACAUUCCCGGCCGUGAUUAUCGCCUCUCGGCCCGGCAAUCGUUUCUAUCAUUCGAUCUACGAUGAUUUGGAAAACCUAAACUAUCGCUAUGGAAACCACUCGAGCAAUUACAACUUUACGCAGCUCGAAAGUCUCGAUUUAGGCGACCGAAGUGAGCUAUACGGAAAGGAUUCGAUCCAGAUGCGCAUUCGUAAUGCAUCCACGCUUAUCGGCAUGAGUAUCUACGAACUGUUGGUGGGUCGGGCGUACGACCAACGGAAUGGAACAAAUAGUGUGCUGAUCGAUGAGUUCCUGCACUGCUUUUUGGAGUCAUCUGAUUGUCCGUUGUUCCGUGCAACUCUGAAACCGGACGCGCCCCGUGUCUACCCAGCACCGCCUUCUCGAUACAUAAGCGUGCAUACAACGAUCACGGCGGAUGCGACGGGUUGGACGUACCGCGUGCUCGCGCUGCUGCUCGGUCGAAAGGUGGAAAAUGCAACCAAAGCGGACUGUGCGGCGCUACACUACCCGUACCAAUGGAUGGCCGGAUAUGGCGGUGGCGGUGAAUGUCGGCGGACGACGCAAAACAUGAGCUUGGCGUUGUCGCCGGCGUUCCUGAAUGAGACGUAUGACUUCACAUCCUACCGCUACUCAACCUGGACCGAGUCGACGUGGUCGGAGAUGUCGGCACGGAUUUUCCUGCGACCAUCACCCUGGCACGAAACACUUACGCUUUCGAUAGGCAUUGUCGUGAUGGUGAUCUCAUUUGUGCUCGUGUUUCUGAUCAACAGCCGGUCGGAUGUGCUGUUCAAUCAGAGCUCUUCACCAAAACCUAUCGUUGCUACACAACCGACGCAGUGCUGAACAAAUGCAGGAUAGUUCCACCCAAACGAAUCCAUCCGGCAAUGUCAGAGCGUGAUGGAGGAACAGUCCGUAGGCGUUAUGGUACAGCACAUUUCCAGUGCAGCCGUUUUCGUUGUGGUCAUCGUCCUGGUCUUCAUCGCCGUUGCCCUGUCCCUUAGGCAAUAACACUAUUCCAUCAGACUUUAGCUUACUUAAACGAAUGAA